AAGCAUGCUUUGUGAUAACCGGUCCCGUCAUUAAGUGAACAUUUCUUGCAGUUGUUAUGCUGUCAUAUUAUAUCUGGUUGAAAUGGAACCAUGAAAUGAUCAGUUACUUCAUAAUAGCUUGUUGAUGUGUUGGGAUUGACUGUUUACACCAGUAUCACCUGAAGUUAAACACGACUGCCAUUUACCGAACACCAAUGCUGAGAAACCAAAAUCUGUGAAGUGUCGUCCGGCUAUAUUCUACCGCGCUGCUGCAUACACCGCGCUGAUUUUCUGAAGUUCUCUUGCCAGGAUUUAUUUGCUUUUGUUUGGGAAUGAUAAUGAUGGACACAAGUGGAAUUUAUCAAACAUGAAAGGCUGCAUUCUUCAGCAAUUAUGGCAUCUGUAGAGAAGGAUUUUGGUGGACUGGGGCGACCGUACACAUCGCAGACGUUCACGCUAAAGUUGAAACAGUUCGAGUUGUACAUUGCGGAACUAACCCAGCAGGACAGCGAGGCUAGCGCAGAGGAGAGACGGCAGACAUUGAAUGAGAACCUUCGCUUUGAUGUUUUCUGCGAUGCCAUUCGUUCGUUAUUUGGUCCGGAUAUACGCAGUCAAGACUUGAAGGCUAUCUUCAGAAAGAUCAGCACCAACCCUGAUGCUAAGGUUGACUGGAGUGAGCUAUUUGGUUAUUUUCAGUCAGAAGACGAGGAACCAGACCAGAUCCUAAGUGAAGACAUCAGUGUCUUCACUGUAUCCAAGAAACACCGCAUUGGAGAGGCUGCAGGUGACAAGAAACGACGAGAUGUUAUUAGUGCAGUUACUCAUAAUCCUAGCAUUGAUAUCUACAUAUCCGCUUCACAAAAAGGUGCUAUAUCAGUCUGGAAUAGUAAGAGUCUAAGACUUCAAGCUUGCUGUGAUGUCAACGAAACAUCCUGGGUUACUGGUAUUGACUAUUUACCUAGCCUGAGACGAGUGGCUGCUGCAACUGAGCGUAGCAUAUGCAUAUGGGAUCACAGGGCUAAAGGCAAGAACCAGAGUAUCUUCAGCAUCAAGCCAACCGAUAACUCAGUACAGUGUAUGACCUAUGUCCCUUACAACACCUCCAUCCAUGAAGACAGUAUACUGUUUGGUGACGAUCUCGGUUACGUCAAUCUGCUUAGGAUAGCCGCUAAGGACCUCAACACUAAGCAUGCUAAGGUGGACAAGAGGAAUGGAAAUUUGGUUAUCGAGCCAGCCACGCUUAGCUACCCGAUACAGAAGAGGAAGUUACAUGAUGACUGGGUCUUAAAGGUCAAAUACCUGGCUGAUCUUCGUUGUUUUGCUUCAUGCUCACCGAGCAGCUCAACGUCAUUUGUCCUAGAAUCCAUCGACAGAUUAAGCGACUCAAUCCCUUGUAAGUCCUUGAGCAUACCAAAGGGUGUCAAUUGUUUCGCUUUCUGCGCCCACGCCAACGUGAUCGCAACGGGAGGCAACGAUAAGAUCAUUCGUAUCUGGCAUCCACAUAUAUUCUCCAGACCCACCGGCAAGAUGAUCGGACACUUGUUUACCAUCAUUGACGUUGCUGUCAAUGAGAAAGAUCAACACGUCGUCAGCUUAUCCACAGCAAGGGUAUUCCGUGUGUGGGACAUCCACACCCUGACUAGUUUACAGGUCUUCACUGAUAAUGAAGAGCGGCCAGGUGAGAAGAGGAUCCACUGCAUGGUGUAUGAUGAGAGACAUGAACGACUCAUUACAGGUUCAAGCGUUCUGGAUUUAUGGCCAUUAACCAGGACAGUACAGGACACCAUGCAAGUACCUCACACUCAUGAUAGGCCUAUAGCACAGGUCCUAUUCAAUCUAGAACUCAACCAAGUGGUGACAGUGUGUACAGAAUCUAUCAUCAAGGUAUGGGAGUUGGAGUCAGGCAAGCAAGUGUACCAUGUGACCGAGUCACAUGGUCCUAAUGUUGAAAUCACGGCGAUCGCUAUCGACAAGACUGGCUAUAGAUUAGCAUCAGGGGCAUUAGAUGGAUCAUUAAAGGUGUGGGAUUUUGGAAGUGGGCAAGAGAUUAGAUCCUGGAUGCCUAAUCUGGAGUCUGAGCGAGGAGAUGAGGACAUUGGUGUGACCAGCCUGCUGUAUAUUGAAGUCAAAGAGAGACGCUGUAUAGUAGCGUCAGGUUGGAACAACAAGCUAAGAUUACUAGAAGACUCCCAGGAUGUUGGUGACCUGACUUUGUAUGCCGAGUUCUCUGAUUUAUUUCACCUCUCCUCGUCGGACAGUCCAUCGUUACAUCCAGGGAGUCUGAGCAGUCGUAGUUCCAGCUCGUUCAGUCGGUCCAGACCGCUGCCCGAUAUCGGCCACGCAUCGGCGCAAAUCACAAACAUCAAUAGAAAGGAAAACAUUCUCGAGAGUCAUGAAGUGACGUGUCUAGCGCCCCUGACUUCCGACUCAAUGGCGACUGGUUGUGCUAAUGGAAACAUUGUCAUAUGGGACACUGUCACUGCUACAGUACAACAGAUAUUUCGGUUGCCAAGCAUGUCAGCUAAUGAUAAGAAUGAACAUGAAGAGAAGACUACACAUCCACGACAGGUCAACUCAUUAUUGCUGAUGGUACAUCGGACAAGAAAACCUGAUCCUGCAUACAUCAAGAAGUUGACGGGCCAUGUCUCCCCAAGUGAUCACAGCUCAAUGGAUGAGGAUAAAAAUACUGGUACUGAGUCGUUCACUGGUUCCCAAUCAAGGGCUAUGACUAGUGUGUCACAUAGGGAUGUUAACACAGCAGUAGGAACUGCUGAGGAGAUGGAGACCAACCAAGACGAGGGAGGCAUACCAGCAGAAAAAGAUACGGUCAGUAAGGAAGAGCUAAUGGAGGACAAUGCGAAAGACGGGACAGAGAGACUGCCGACAGCAGAGGGCGCCGUCCUCGAUGAGGAUGCUGACGAGGAGUUGGAGAAUAUUGACCCAACGGCUAGGAUGAUCGUAACGACCUAUGACCCCAUCCUGGUGUCGUGUCAUUCAGAUGCUCUUAUUCAAUUCUGGAACAUGAAGGGAGAGAUGGUACGUGAGAUCUCGGCCAUGACUCGGAGGCAAGGUUCAGCUGUUACUGCUAUAUGCGCUGAUGAAGACUGCAAUGUUCUCAUCACUGGAGACAAUAAGGGAUAUAUAACAAUGUGGAGUGUGGACAUGUUUCUGGAGAAUCCACAAUCCGAUGAAAAUGAGUUGAUUAAACAGUUGAUUAGUUGGAGGGCACACCUUAGCCGCAUCGUGACCCUCGUCUACACCAAUCACAUGAAAUCCAUCAUCUCGGGAUCAUUGGAUGGAUCCGUCAGACUCUGGUAUGCUGAGGACCCAGCUCGUGGUCACUUCAUGGGAUUCUUCAGUCAACACCGUCCUUGGAACUUCCCGAGUCUUGAGAGGAGUAGCACCCCCGUGUUGCCUUAUGACAUCACCGAAGGGCCCCUCAGGCCGAUGAAAAAUGUCAAUGAGAAGAAGCACAAGACAACUCAGAGCUACGAGUACCCGCUGGUGUUUGACGACAAUAAAUGGAAGCCAUUCCGACGUUCAGCCUACGUCCAAACCAGAACCAAACACAAGGAACCAGAAGACAUGAAGUUCUUUGAGGCCUUGCAGAAGCCACAGUUCUACAAUGAUCACCUGAAGAGUGGAAGGACUGGCGAGAUGAGUCUAGGUGCUGUCUUCAGAGCACUACCUGUGUACACUGUGAAGACUCCAGAGCUUGUGAAAACUCCUUCUAUGGAAUUUGGUAAUUCAACAUGGACGACAGACUCCUUCCUGUUUGCCCCGCCCCCUUCUAAAACUAACAAGUCAACCUCUCCAACCAAGGAAGCAGGAAAGGUGAAAUCUCAACACAGACGCAGCGCAAAAGAUCCUACAUCCACGAGUCCCAUGCCAUCACCAAGAAAGAGGUAGUUAUCACCAAAGAGCGCCCUCUAUCGAGCCAUGACUGACAGAAGCUGACAUCGGGUUCAGGUCAAAAUAUCUUGUUUUUGUUUUUUACACUCGGAUUAAAAAUGCAACGUUUUUUUUUAUUCAUGUUGUACAUUUUUACUUCAAUGAUCUUGAGCACAACUCUAAUGUAACAUUCACAAAUUAAUCUCUUAUGUAUAUAUUUUUUAUACCUUUACUUUUUCAUUGAAUGAGAUUUUAUACAGUAAUCAUUGUAAAAUUUUCACAAUUUUUUUUUAUUUUGAAAAACCCACCGUCAUUGAGCGUCUUUCUUAAAAAUUACUCCUUGAGUCUUGCACAACGCAAACUUUUGUGCAUGUUUGAGCAUGAUUUUGACUCCCAAACCAGCGGACGGGAUAGGCGUGUUGUGCAAAGGGGCAUGUGAGUUACCAUGUUUAUCCUGUUUUUAUAUUUAUUUUUCAUUUUUUAUAUGCAAGUCGCCAGACACACGAGGCCUGAAGGC